AUGGAUUCAGCAAGUUCUGAGGCGCCAAACGGCCCGAAUCUGGACGUUCAACAACCUUCAUCUUCAACCAAAAGCAAUGUAGGUUGAUUUAUCUGUGUUUUUUUACUUUUAGGAGAUUAAGAAGACAAAGAACAAAUAUUUCUAUAUAAAAAUUUGUCGCCUUUAUGCAUCUUCACACGAAUCGCUUAAAACUAUUGUUUUACAUUGCUUCUUUCCAGGCAAAUCCGCCUGAAAUGCCGGCCAAAGACGUAACGUCUAUCUCGGGCCAUUCUGAAUCACAUGAAGAUGAUGUUGUAAUUGUAGAGGCAUCAAAAGAUAAAGAAACUAAUCCACAGGUUGAGGACAAUGUUAUUAUUGUAGGUGGUGCUAUGGAAACUGUGGCUCCUUGGGAUCCGGCAUUGAGGAGCAGUAAGUGUUUUUGAUAUUUGAGGUGGAGAAGGGUUUAGGGAAGGUAAUUGGGUUGUAAUGUGGUUGAUUUGGCUUAGAACUGGGUUGAAAAUAAGGUCUGUUUGGAGGUGAUGAUCGGCGGGUAUUAUAACAUUGAAAAAUGGAUUUUUCUUUGGUUUUUUGAAAGUUUUUUGUUAAGAAUGUGGAUGAAAAGCAUGUUAAAAAUAUUUGAUUACAUCUUAUGAGCAAUUUCAGGUGAAUAUAAUGGUUUUGAAUGGCAUUAAUAUCACUAUAACUUUAGGUGUGCCAGCCUCAACACCAUCAAGAGUGAUUCCUCGCCGUUUACCACUAUUAAGCUCUGUAAAAUCUUCAACAACGAAUGAGUCUCCAUUAGUUAGAGUUGGUAACAAUCUUCCAGCCAUGAUUCCACGUCUGAGAGGAAAUUAUUUUACUAAGCCUCAACAUCCUCCAAGUUUUGGCUUAGCUGGCUUGUCACCAAACCACGGGCAACCUGAGAUAGAAGAAAUUCCACCUGAUCCAAAAGCUAAAGGAAAGAAAGUCUUUAGAGGACCACAUGGACUGAGCUUCGCCCUCAGGAAAAACGAUCCAACACCACCGGUAGCUAAGCUGCCUUUAUAUAUUCGAGGAGUUGCUGGUCGUCCGGCUCCUGAUGGUACUCCUGGGACUUCUGGGGUUGAGAAAACUGGUGCUCUUGGUACGAAUGAUGGUUCAAUUGCUUCAAAAUACACGUCUGUUGUUAUCAAUACAGGUGCAGAUCCAAAAACCACUACUGGUCCAUCUGGUACUAAGCCUGUUAAGAGUACAAUCAGUCCUAAGAAGCCCAAAAAUACUCUCAGUUCAUAUGUGAAAGCCAGUACGUCUGAUGGAGCGGCUGAUACGUCUAGUUCAAAAAAUACGCCUGGUACUACUAGUUCAAAACACACGUCUGGUACCAACGCUUUGAAUUACACGUCUGGUUCAACUCUUCCAAAGACUAUUUAUACUUCACCACAUAAUCGACCAUCACCAACAAAGAAACCGGCCGAACAAGUGCGGAAUAAAGAGCCAGAAGCCGAUAAUGUUGUGGAUCUAUCUGGAUUUGAUGAUCAUAUGGAUGAUUACAACUCAAGCCAGUCUGAUUCAUUUUCAUUACCAAAAAGCAUCAGUGUUGGACAUAAAACCCCGGCUGCUACCAAUGGUUUUGACAAGUCAAGAGUCUUUCAAGUUAGGGUAAGGGUCCCGCCGCGAAAACAUGAGUUUUAAGAUUUUUGGUUUAAAACUGUUGAAUUUGGGCUAAACUAUGUUAAAUUAAAAAGUUAUGUUAUUAAAGGGGCUCCUUUUUGAAGCUCUGAAUUUUAUGAAAGUUUAGGGUCUCACCACGAAAACAUGAAUUUUGAUAUUUUGGUUUAAAGAUGCUUAAAACUGUUACUAAUUGGUUCAUAUAGGUCGACAGUAAGGUUGUUAUUGCAACUUCUGCUAUCAAAAAAUUUUAAUUUUUGAAAAAUUUUGGUUUUAUUACCUAAAACAAUUACAGAUGCCGGAACCAUUGAAUAUCCGCUUCUCAGAGGACGAGGCUGCAAUUUUGGACAAAUUUACAGCUAAACCAGAGCCUUCACGUAAUUACACAGAGCACAUCAACGACAUUCAAGAACAUCAAACAGCUCUUGAAUAUUGUAGUAGGCUGAUUGAUUAUCAACACGCCGUCAUCAAGGAACUACACGACAAAGUGAUUGAAUUUAAAAAACACGGUGACGAAUGGAAGAAUGAUGCAAAACGAAUGGCACGUCAGCUAUCGUGCCGUGUUUUGAAGCCGCAGGUAGUGAAGUAUAAGACCCCCUACUCUAAGGUCAGUAGGAAGAAGAAGGUCCGAGCAAAGUUGAGGCAAAUGGUCAAAGAUACGUUCGAGUACGAGGAUGAGGAUCUAAACAAGUUGUUGCGAGACACUUUUCCUGAAGCCUUUUAUGCUGCGGACUCACAAGAGAAAUCGUGGCAGAAGAAGGAUGAUGAUGAAGAUGGCGAUGAGGAUUACCUACCUGAACACGUCUACAUGCCUCAUAAUGCUCCUCAGCACGAGUCCUUGUAUUACUGA